AUGGCACCUCUUCUCCACUUCCACUUCCUCUUCCUAUUCCUAAUUCCUCUACACCUUCAUGUAAAUUCACAGAACUUAUCUUAUGAGCAGGCUACUCUGUUGAGCUUGAAACAGCAUUGGGGCAGUCCCACCUCGCUUCAACGGUGGAAUUCGACCUCAUUUAUGUGCGACUGGCCUGAAGUUGAUUGUGUGUUUGGUUCAGUCACCGGUCUGAAAUUAGCAGAAAAGAACAUUAGAGGAACAAUUCCACCAACGGUAUGUUUGCUCAAUAACAUCGUUUCAUUUUAUAUGUCUCGAAAUUCCUUGUAUGGAGACAUACCUGUCUGCCUCAGCAACUGCUCAAAACUAGUGAGGUUGGACUUGUCCAUGAACGAACUGUCUGGGACAAUCCCAGUCGAGCUGCUCAGCCAUAAAUGGCUGAGCUCUUUAUGGUUGCAGGGAAACAGAUUGGUCGGGACGAUACCAACACAAAUAGAAGCAUUAAGGUUAGAGGUUCUUGAUCUCUCUCACAAUAAGUGGAAUGGAUCGAUCCCUGAUGAUAUAAAGAAGUUGUCCAGGCUCAGAUCCUUGGAUUUUUCGGUGAAUUUUCUCCAUGGGACAAUCCCCACAGAUUUGUUCCAAUUGCGUUUGCUUGAGUAUUUGUCUCUUGGUUACAACGUCCUCUCUGGGAAACUGCCAGAACAAGUGCAAGUUUACAGACUGGAAGUGCUAAAUCUUACUCACAACAACCUACAUGGCACAGUUCCGAAAAGUAUAACUGAUCUAACGAGGAUACGUACCUUGGAUUUGUCUGAUAACGAGCUAUCUGGAGACGUGGAAAGUGUGGUUCAUCUGAGGAUCAUGACAGCAGUCCGGCUCUGCUCUAACAAAUUCUCUGGGAAGAGGUUGAAGUUCAAUAAAACAGAAAUCUUGUCUAGUCUUACAGAUGAAAACCUGAUUGGGUAUGGAGGCUCGGGAAAGGUAUAUCGAGUGUUCGUGAAUGAAGGAAGCAUUGCUGUUGCUAUCAAGAGCAUUGUGAAUCCCAGAAAAUCAGACCACGGACUCGAGAAGGAAUUCCUAGCAGAGAUCAAGACGCUGGGGACUAUAUGGCACAACAAUAUAGUGAAGCUUCUAUGCUAUCUCUCAAGCAAAGAAGUGAAGCUUCUCGUCUACCAAUAUGUCGAGAACAAGAGCCUUCACCAAUGGCUGCACGGCAGAAACAGGGAAAUAUCAUCUGCUGGUGACUGUCCAGUCACCAAAUUGGAGUGGCCGAUGAGGCUACAUAUCGCCAUUGGAGCAGCACAAGGACUAUGCUAUAUGCACCAUGACUGCUCCCCAACUAUCAUCCACCGUGAUAUCAAGUCAAGAAAUAUACUACUGGACUCGGAACUCAAUGCCAAAAUAGCAGAUUUUGGACUCUCAAAACUGCUCAGCAGCCAGGGAGACACAGAAACAGCAUCAAGUAUAGCUGGAACUUUUGGCUACAUUCCCCCCGAGUAUUCCUAUACAAGAAAAGUGAACAGAAAGACCGAUGUUUACAGCUUCGGAGUGGUUCUACUCGAACUGACUACAAGAAGAGAGGCUGUUACUUAUGGAGAUCAUAUGAACCUAGCACAAAGGGCACACCUACAGUCAAGAGAUACAAAUGCCAUUAUUGAUGCACUGGAUGAUGAGAUCAAGGACUCGACCUACUUGAACCAAAUAAUAACUGUUUUUCGUCUAGGAGUGGUUUGUACUGCUGAGUCACCUUCAAAUAGGCCAUCCAUGAAGGAUUGUUUGCAUAUUCUACAAUCUACAUAA